AUGGCUCAAAACGACCGGAGAAACGGUGUUGUACCUGUAUCUGAAAGCGCUUCAAUGUUUGAUUUGGAGCCCAAUCCGUUUGAACAGAGUUUUGCAUCUACGAAGAAGUCGCAGCCGACGUCUGGUGCGGUGCCGAGUCCCCAGGACCAGCGACUGGCUGGUGUUGCAGGUCAGACAGGUGAGAAAAGCUCCAAAGUGACAAUCCCCGAGAUUAAUUCGAACAUUAAGGAGUCUGAUGUGGGCAAUCAGAGGCGAUCGUCCGUGUUCUCGUAUGGAACUCAGAAACCGCAUUUACAGUCGCCUCCUCUGCUGACUCCCGGUGGGUCUAGACGACUGCCCCCGAUACUGCUGUCUCCGAACUUCAUUCAGCAAGCGCCGAGUGGCUCUUUGGCGGUACAAGGCCCGUUGGGCUCACUUAUGGCGAAUUACUCGAGCAUGAGUCCUAAGAACGAGCUUCCGAGUGCGGAUACAGAGCUUCAACGCCCGCCAUUGAGCCUGGGUUUGUCCAAGACUGUAUUUGCUGCCAAUGAGUCUAGCUUAAGAACUGGCUUGACACCUAAUAUCCAGGGUACGAUCGCCCAGGUGGGGCCCACGCAUCAUCCAGCACAUGCAUUGCCCUAUUUUGGUGGGCCCAGGAACGAUAUUGGCUCCCAGGAGGAUAAUAGAAGCGCAACGGUAUAUGGCACAAGCAUGGCGACGGGCAGUGAUCUCGGUGGUCCGUCGCAGCCUUACACGCCAGGUAUCGGAUCAUUGCUGGGCUUCUCGUCAACACAGGCUUUUCAACGAUCUACAAAUCCGCCGCCAAGAAACGGAGUCCUACCAGUAGCAGGUCCCCUUGCAGACCCAAACAGCGCACAGAGAUUCGCUCAGAUACAAAACUAUACGGCUGAGCCGAUAACUGCCUCAAUAAAAGAUCAGCACACUAAAUCACUAGGCUCAAACUCACCUCCUCGAACGGCGGUACGUAGGAAGAGGAAAUCGAGCACACCCAGUCGAGGAUCAAAGUCGAGUAAAAGCAGCCGAAGGAAUACGCCAACCUCCCAUGACUCUAAAAACGCGGGAAAGAAAGAGGUCAGCGAUUCAGCCGAUAAAGACAGUGACGACGGCCAGGAACGUAAGCGCCGGGAGUUUCUCGAAAGAAACCGAGUGGCAGCCUCGAAAUUUAGGAAACGAAAGAAGGAGUAUAUCAAGAGAGUUGAGACAGAUCUGAAGUUCUACGAAGCCGAGUACGAAGACAUGUCGCAUGCGAUCAAUAAGCUGUGUGGUAUCGUCAACGUUUCAUGUUCACCUGUCGCUUCCAGCUCGUUGGUCUGCAUGCUGGAAACGGCUAUCUCAAAGAACGACGCACCUUCAUCCCUGUCCAUCUUGGCUCAUAUUAAACAAAUACUGUACCAAACCAGGUACUUCCAGCGCAAUGGCAGGAACCCAAGACGCGAAAUAGAGUAUCCCCCGGAUUCUGACGACGAUGACAGGCAACGCACCGAUAAAGAGUCCAGUAGCCGACAUAACAGUAUCGCCGCGAUUCCGUCUUCAGUAAACUCGAGCAGAGCACCCGACACAUCAAUUCCAGGUCCCGUAGCGGCCUCCUAUAUCACAAGCGGAGGUCCGCCGUCUGGUGGCACAGGUUCCAGUAAGUCAACACUAACUGAUACCACUUCGGCACCCUCAAUCGUCAAAGAAGAAGAUCCGGUCCCAGCUGUCUACACUAUACCUUUGGCUGAGGAUAAGAAGUCUUCUGAUGGAUCUACUGUCGCCAGUGCCAUUGGGACUAUCAGUUCUUUACCAACUGUGAUAAAUGGCAGACCGGUAAUUCCACUAAGCGACAUCGAUCCGCAUCGAAACUCAGAUCCAAGUUCUAUCUCUGGGAUACGGCAGAGCUCGCUUGUCAAUUUAACCUCAGACGUGGUUAACACCGAACAGAUUUCAUUUAAAUAUCCCAAUUCUGACUAG